CACCAACCCACGUGCUGCCACUCACAAUCAUUCGCACCCCGACCUCAUUGUUCGGAGGCCCUGUUGUGACGGCAAGUCGAAUAGGAAAUUGCUCAACUUCUUACGACAGCAGGCAGCCGGCACAGGAGUGACUUCAGCAGCCCCCUCAACCAUGCCAGGCCACAUUAGCCACGAAGAGUUCUUUGUCAAAUUGGCAGACCUCUUCGAGCAGCGCAAAGGGGAUGGCCAUGGCUCAAUAUUCCUCGUCCAAAAGCGAUUAUCUUACGAGCAAGGCGUACCCUCCCCAACAGCCGACGACCCUUUUCCCGAUCUCCAUCCCGCGAAACCAUUGCCUAUCAUCGUACGCGCGACCAAUGGCAAGUCAAAACGACACAGGGACACCAAGAUCAAAUUGUCAACAAUAGUUAAGCCUGAUGCUCUGGAGGCCUUCUACACUCGGUACGCAGACACUUGCAAGGCGGGUAUGGGAGCGCUAAAGCCAAGAGACCGGAGCAAGAAGAAGGCCAAGGCUAGGAAAAAGAAGGGAGUGGCUAUUGUUGCACCCACUGCGUCCUGACACUUGACUCUGGGCGUAACCCAUCCUUGGCCUUUCAUUACAUUGAGCCAGCCCAUGACGACGCCGGAUUGUGGCUACCCUCUCAAUGUACUGCUUCUGUAGCCUAUGGUACCUGAAGAUGUGGUGGAUUUUGAACGAACAGGGCUCACAAUGAUCAAGGCAUAUACGGUUAUAGCUGCAUCUUCGAUCUUGCAGCGGGUGUUCUUGCAGUAGUGGUGUAUCAUCACAUCUCACGAUGAAUGGCGCCUAUCGGUCGGAGGUUGCAGAUGACAAAUGCAAACUUGGUAGAUAGGGCUAUGCACCCACACGAUAGCGUCCCUGCCUCCCUUUCAUGAUAGAUCUGUUAGUGUCAGUCGUUCAUUUCUGCGGGUUGGUCCGUUGCUGAGAUAACGCAAUGAACAUAUCGAA